UGUCAAGUUCGAUAAGUUACUAUAAUAUAUGUCAAAUAUAAACAACAUGAAACGUAUAGGUUAAACGUGAGUUUAUUCAAAUAUUUUGAAAUGUACACGCUUUUACACGGCUUGUAUAAGUACUUAGUACAGAAGGAUGAAUAUUUUAUAUUAAUACUAGGACUUGACAAUGCAGGAAAAACUACGUAUUUAGAAGCGGCUAAAACUAAAUUUACAAAAAAUUAUAAAGGUAUGAAUCCAAGUAAAAUCACAACAACUGUUGGAUUGAAUAUUGGAAAAAUUGAUAUCGCUGGAAUACGUUUUAAUUUUUGGGAUCUUGGAGGACAAGAAGAACUUCAAUCCUUAUGGGAUAAAUAUUAUGCUGAAUCCCAUGCAGUCAUUUAUAUCGUUGAUUCAUCAGACCGUGAUAGGAUACCGGAUUCUAAAGAAACAUUUGAUAGGGUAAUAUCAUCUGAACAUUUGAGAGGAGUACCCCUCUUAGUUUUAGCCAAUAAACAGGAUAUUCCAGACUGCAUGGGGGUUAGAGAAGUCAAACCGAUAUUUAAUCAAAAUGCACACCUAAUUGGACGAAGAGAUUGUAUGGUAAUGCCUGUAUCAGCUAUUAACGGUGAUGGCGUAGACGAAGGAAUUCAUUGGCUUGUGGACUGUGUAAAAAGAAAUAGUGAUGUUCGACCUCCCCGAAAUCAAGACGACAGUUGUUUAUCAUAAUUAAAACAUUCCUGUUUAAUUAUUAACUAUAUAUCGUUGACAAUAUUAUAGAAAUUUUUGUUCCAUAU